AUGGAAUCCUUAGGUGGCGGUGCUUCAAACAAAAUUCAUCUCGAGCGACGAAUUUCUCUUUUUAAUGGUUGUGCUAUCAUUAUUGGUGUUAUUGUUGGUUCUGGGAUAUUUGUCAGCCCUAAAGGUGUUCUGAUUGAGUCGGGAAGCGUUGGUUUGUCACUGGUGAUAUGGAUUUUAUCAGGAGCGUUUGCCACUAUGGGCGCUUUUAUUUAUGCCGAACUUGGAACAACCAUUCCUAAAAGUGGCGGUGAGUAUGCCUACAUCAGUGAGGCAUUUGGAUCUUUACCUUCAUUUGUAUUUCUCUGGAUAGCAUUAGUUAUGAUUAACCCGACAACAAAUGCUAUUAUGGCGCUAACAUUUGCUCAAUAUGCGCUUCAACCAUUUUUCAAGAAUUGCGAAUUACCUGAUAAUGCUGUGAGGUUAUUAGCUGCUUGCAUAAUUUGUUUAUUGACAUUUCUCAACUGCUGCAGUGUAAAAUGGUCAAUGAGAGUGCAGAAUAUUUUUUCUUUAGCCAAAGUAGCUGCGCUCUGUGUCAUUAUCAUGGCUGGUUUAUUAUGGUUUUGUUUGGGUAAUACAGAGUAUUUGGAAACAUCCAUAUUAUUUGAAGGGACACAAACAAAUCCGAGUCACUUAGCAUUGGCCUUCUAUUCGGGUGUAUUCUCAUUUAGUGGAUGGAAUUCGUUGAAUUUCGUGACCGAAGAGCUUAUUAAUCCGAACAAAUAA